AUGGCAUGCCUGGCACUGCUCGGGCUGCAACUGCUGGCUUUGGUCUCCGGUGCGGAGCGGUGCGGUGGAUCGUUGUACAUCUUCUGGGACCGACGCUGUGGGCAGGAGGAUGGCACCCCUCCCAUGUGGAUCCUUUCUCCAGAGAGGCCCGAUCCGACAAGGCUACGGAACCUUAUCGAAGAGGAGGAAGGAUGCCAUGCUUGGGCCACUUGGGCGACGGAGCAAGAAGCCGUUGCUGGUGUCCACAGCUGGACGAGCUUUGAUCCUUGCUGCACGUCUCGGGCAGGUACGCAGUUCCAGGCAAGGAUAGUGAGCUUCGAGAACGACAGCAUUCAGGUGUCCGGACUUUGUGAUACUGACGGUGGCAUGAGGCUUGUGAACCGAGUGUUCCGAACCGAGGGUGCCGCGAUCACAGGUCGAUACUGGUACUCAAGCGAGUGUUCCGACGAGCAGUGCUACUACGAAGUGGAGAUCCCACGGGACUUCGAAACUCAUGCCCAGGAGGACGAACACAACUUCGCGGAGGGGGGAGAGACGCGAGGGCACGAAGAUGAAGGCGUCGAGGACGGAGAUGAUCUGCUUGUCACCGCACAUCUCAUUUCCGGUGCAGCCCUCCUGGCUGUCGGCACGCUACAAACCCUGCUUGCCUGUGGGCGCCUUCAAAAGCGAAAGCGCAGAUUACCGCUGCAGCCCGGGGACGCAGAAGUGCUAUCGCCUCGGCGACGUGGAAGUGGUAGCGAUUGGCACCGAUCCGUGCCGCAAAGCGCCUGGUGUGUGACGCUGGAAGACCUUUGCCAGUUUCGCCGCCUCGUGAUGCAUGCAGUUGAGACGGGAAAGAUUCAGCCGCAUGAUCGUGAUAUGUUUGACACCUCGGACUUGUCCAUAGGACCCUCUGUGUACACAGUCAACGAUCAGUUCAUUAAGCCCGUGACAGCUCGUGCUGGCAACAUGAGCUGGGCUCUUCUCAAGAACCCCGCUGGUGUGAGCUGCGACGUCUUCGUGACACACUGCUGGGCAGAGGGAAUUUAUGAAUUCAUCGACAGGGUAGAGCACUCUUGGCCUCGAGGUGCACGUGCCGCAUAUGUCUGCUUCUUGUCGAACCCGCAAAACCUGGACAUUGCCGGCCUGAUUGCAAGUCCUCGUGAAUCACCUUUUGCACUGGCUUUGCAGGCAGCUCCCAUCAUGUUGGUUCUGCCGAACCACAGCCUUAGCAUCUACACCCGGCUCUGGUGCUGCUACGAGGCUUUCCUCGCGUAUUCCUGGCGAAAGACCAUCCGGGUUGCAAAGCGGCAUCAUGACGGACUUUGGUGGUGCAUGCUCCGCCUUGGCGGCUUGUACGUUGCAGCCGCCGGGGCGAUGUGCUUGUUGCCCAUGUGGGUCGGUAUGGCCGUCAUCGGACAGCUGAACACGAUUCUUUCGGUUGUUGCAGGCAUCUUCUAUGUUCUGGCAGCUGCAUUUGUGCAAAAAGGGAUCUUUGGGUCACUUGCCUUGGUGAUGAACGCAAUCACCUCCAUCUGUUUAAGUAUUGGCCUGCUGGGCGGAUACAUUGCUGCCGUGGGUCUGCAGCGUGAGAUGUUCUACUCUGGGCAAGAUCUGGGGCGCCUUCUGACCUGGCUCUGUGGCCUUGUCAUCACCUACUGCCUGGAGUUUGACCGAAUCAUGGCCUCGGAUGCGUCGCUUCGCAGCAAGCUCCUGCGAAAAGACUUCUCCGGCAGACUACUGGAUGCAAGGUGCUCAUCGGACUCCGACAGAGAGAGUAUCCUCGAGGAACUGUCGCAAAGCGGUAAGGCGAGGGAAGUGGAGCAGGCUGUAAAGUUCCUCCUGCAAAUGAACCUCAUGACGCCUGAGCUGCAGCGCACCACAGCACUAACAGGCGAGCUGGGAGAUGUCUCCCUCUUCAAAAGCUCUUGGGUUGCCGUGGGCGUCAUGCUCUGGGUGGCACUCCCCAUCCAGACGUUGACGACUCCUGGCCUGACCCCGCUGCAGCAAGUUCCUGCUGCCGCGAUGCUUGUUCAGGGAUGCCUCUGGCUAGCGUUCUUCCCACGCCUGAGUGCUGAACGGAAGACUUUUGCCUCCGUCACCCUGAACUUUUGGGAACUGCUCGGUGCCUGUAUCCUCGUGGUCUUCCUGAUCGAAGGCUCUGCUCAUGUCGACUGGUACCUAAUUCCAGGCGCUCUCAUCGUGAGCCCUUUCUGCCUGUCCCUGUCGAUUGCCGGGCCGUCCCGCAUUGCUCGAAUUCCCACCCUGGGAGUUCCACUGGUGCGGUUUUUCCUCGGUCAAAAGCAUCGUCAUCUUUGUCCUGGACGGCAAAGCCGUUUGCAGGCGAAAAGCUCUCCGGAAGACGUCCAGGACGCGACCGUGACCAUGGACAUCUGUUCGGAGGUGCCCACACCCCGCAACACCCCCCGAAAGCCCAAGUCUACAGCGACUUUAGGGUCCAAGUCUUCGGCAGCUUGA